AAUCUUCGAAUUUGAUAGAAAAAUCUUUCAUCCAAAAACCAAAGCCAAACCAAAAAUGAAAUCCAUACAUAUUUUAUCAACAAUUUUAUUGGUCAUCAUUUUGAUCGAUUCAAUUCAAUCGGCCGGUAUUAAAACUAAAUCAAUGUUUAAUUUUAUCAAUAAUAAAAAAUCACUCUCAGAAGAUGUUGAAAAAUUCAUCGAAAAACUCAUUGAUGAAUGCAUACUAAAUGAAGAUACAUCCGAUUCUCAUUAUAAUAAAUUUUGUUAUGAAUUUGUAAAAGAAGAAUUUCCAGAAUUGUCAGUAUCAAAUUUCUAUAACUAUUUCUAUGAAUGUGUGGACGAAUGCAAAAAAUUACAUGAUAUUUAUGCUGAUGAUUAAUUGGGCUGA